GAAACGCCCGUCAUCUCGCCACUGGUCGACCCUUGUCUCUGUCCUCCAUCCUUCCUUAAGUUCUGGCAACAGGCCAGUCCCCCACCUCCUUUUGGUUCCUUACCACCAUGGUAUCCUCUACACAGCCAGAUAAACCUGUUCCCCGUCCUUACAAGUGCCCGUAUCCUCUCUGCGGCCGUGCUUUCAGCCGUCUAGAGCAUCAGACUCGGCAUAUACGUACCCACACAGGCGAGAAGCCCUUUGUAUGCAGUUUUCCGUCCUGCGAAAAGCGGUUUUCGAGGAGCGACGAACUCACGAGGCACUCAAGGAUACACAACAAUGAUCACAACAAUAUCACUCAUCAUCAGCCCCCGAAGAAGACCAAGUCGAGAGGCACUGGCUCUCCAGAUCAUACCGAUGUGCCAGAGGAAACCCAAGUCAGGGUAAAGAAGAAAGCGAGAAGCAGGGCAAACAGCGACGACGAGGACGACUCAUAUGCCCGUCCAACGUCUGUCGGUUCCUAUGAUAUUCCCCAUUCUAGGCGCAGCCAUCCCCAUUCUUCUACGUCUCCCCCGGCGACGACGUCCUCAUCAUUCACUACACUAUCUUCCAUCGCCAUGGAUGAGCUGUACGCUCUCGAACGAGAGGAGGCGCUGCGGCGUGCAGAGUAUGAAGCACGCCACGCAGAAGCCCUACGGCGAGCCGAAUAUGAAACACGUACACGAGGCGGCCCAGGGCUCGAUAUUUCUGUUUUGCAGCAGUACCCCUCACGUCUUAGCAAGAGUGCCACGACUUCGCCGGUCUCGACACCUUCCCUUCAUUCGUAUGAGGACAGUCGCGGUUACUUUGGCAUUUCCAAUGAGCGUGAUUACUAUCGACCUCGCCACCACCACCACCGGCAGUCACGGUAUCAAGCCGUAUCAGACGACGAAGAGGGGCCAGGUAGUAGCAUCGUAAGUGAACGGAAAAUCACCCGCAGGCUAUCCGGCCCCGCAUGGCAGAUGACACCUUUCUCCACACGUUCAAGCGGGGAUGACUUUGGCCAUCACGUUGAUUCUGUCGCUAAGCAUCCUCACCAUUCCCACCCUCAUCACCCGUACCAUAUUCCAUCACAUCAUCCCCACCCCCACCAUGUACCCCCACCCCCGCAAUAUCAUGAGAGUCCUUCUCCAGCGAGCUCCGACUCAGAUUCUCACGCUGCCCAAGGUCAUUAUGCUCGUCAGCCUCACUCUCCCUACUCCAGUAACAUAAGGACUACAAGCACUUCUACUUCCCAUACACCAAGUACAAGCCCUUUUCUUGGCCCGAUGCGAGGGCUCAACUUGCACAGCGCAAAUCCUUCGCGUGCACCUUCACCUGUGCUAGCCAUGCUGCCGCCUCCUGGAUUGCCUUACCACCACCAUCAAACAGGUCAGAGCGGACGGAGCAGCCCUACGAGCCGGAGCGCGAGCCCCCCACACCACGUGUCUUCGCACGCCUCGUAUCAUCAUCAUCACCUCGCUCAUUCAGUGCGGAUGGCCUUCGGAAUGACUCCAAUUCAUCCGCAUGUCACGCCUCCUGAGUCAAGUUCGUCAUCGCGGGAAAGUCACAGCCCAGGUGCGUGGAGCGGUGGCAGCGGUAGCCCCAGGAUUACGUUGGCGCCGCUUAAGAUUGCAGAAGACAGCAGCGGUGGAGAAGCCGAGAAGGAAAAGGCGAAAGUGGUGUCUUUGACUGAGGUCGAGCGGAAGGAGGACAGCGAGAAGAGUGGGGAGCGAGAGAAAUUGCCUGGAUUCAGCCUCUUUGAAGCGGCAGUUCGGGGUGAGGGCGCGCUACCGGUGGUCGGUGCGGGUUGGUAACAACUGUAUGUUAUUGUGUUUCGCCCUUACCUAGCGAUGGCUGGUGCGAUCGUCUUGAUGUUUUCUUUUGAUUAUCCAUGCUAUGUUUAUUGUCUAAGGGCCCAUCCG